UACGGGGCACGCGACUACGAGAGGCGAGCGCAGUAUCUUGAAUUAAUGAUUCACACUCAUAUCUGAGCAGUGAUGGAUAUGUUGACGAAGGAACAUACUCCUCCAGAGCUUCUCACACACCCCGUCGUAGAAGCCGUAGUCAUUAAGUGUUGGAAGUAUGGGAUGAGAGCCCAAUACGCUCAGGAUCGCGGCUUAAGCUUAAUGGAACACUUUGAUGCUCUUUCGACACCCAGAGUUCUGCAUCUCAUUGAUGUUUUGGGCCGACUGGUCUUUAUGGGUUCACUUAUCCACUAUUUGCUAUAUCCACCACACUUCCACAUAACCCUGGGACAAAACGAGCAAGGCACUCGAGAGAUGAUUCUCACUUUCAUGUCUGCUGCAUCCCUCACUCGACGGUGGUCAAUCCAUACUCCGCCAGCGAUGCUUGUAUUCCUAGCAUUCAUUACGACUCUUCCAUCUGUCCCUAUACCUGGAAACGUCUCAUUCUCUGUGCUUAACAUUGCUCUCCUACACCAGCUGGUUCUCCUCCACCUCCCUAACUCUCCCAGCUUACCCGUCGCGGUGAAGCCCGAGAAUGCCAUACCUAUCUCUACGUUGCUUUUGCACGGUGCAACCCGCAUCAUCAUACCGGUCACCCUGUUUUUCUUUCCAGUCCUAUUGCUCGCGACAUUCCUCGUGUCCGCCUCGCUCGUCGACACCCUGUCAGUGUUACCGAAUUCUAUGGAAGUAGCUCCAAUGGAUAGCAGAUUCUCAUUCUUCAUCCUCUUCAUCGCUGUCAUCAUCUUAUUACUGGGAGCACUCGGCACGACCUCGGCAAUGUUCCCGACAUUGGCAUCAUCAACCGCCUCAACAAGUAGAUGGGAUCGUUUCUCACGAGAAAUCGGGUUGCACGCACGCAAGUCAUUUGUGAAAGCCCUUGUCCAGUAUGAGCCUUAUUAUUUUCCGGUUCCCUUCAACAUGCUCCAACUUCUUGUGCGAGUGCCUGGCAUGGUCUUUUCUGGGUUGGGAUAUCCAGUGGUGGCACCGUUCAUGAAGUCAAUGGAGAGGGUGCUAUGGAGAGUCAGUGUAGGAUUUAUUGGGGCUGUGUUGUCUGUUUUCUGGUUUUGGAGUCUGGCAUGAUAAAUACUCCUCGAUGGGCGUGUCGGGCACCAUUAGAUCCUGGUAUUUGGGUCGUAAAGUACUUAGACUUAGGUGUAUACCACUUGUGGGAUAAUUACUUAAAUAGGAUGUGACGCAAGUGACGGUUCCGAUCCUCC